CGCUUCACCACUGUUGUUCAAGCUGCCGGCCCCAAAUCAGCCUCGGACUCGCAGGGGCUCGAUAGCCUUACUUCGCUUUGCCCCGCGGCUUUCCCGGCAUCCGCUGCUCCCCGCGGCACAGGCCUGGGCCCGGCCCUUCACCGACCUGCAGCCGGGCGCCUUCGGCCCGGCCCGGCGCGGCGGCGGUUCCCGGCGGGGCCGCUUUCCCCGCGGCACCGCCCGCCACUGCCCGACCGGCGACGGGAAGGGGAGCGGUGGGGCCAGAAAUGGCAGCUUCUGUGUGGAAGAACUUACUUCAGACUAUGAAGGAAAGGAUACUACAACAGAGAAGGGCAUCAUUGUAUGUUGGUGCUCAUGGUUAUGAGGAAGAACUGGUAAAGAAGAAACUUCAGCAGUUUCCUGGGGGAUCCAUCAACCUUUCCAAAGGAGACAAUGGCAUUGGAAUACUUAUUUUGAACAAUCCAAAGCUAAUGAAUGCCUUUACAGGCACAAUGAUGCUAGAACUGCAGGAGAGGGUAACCGAGCUGGAAAACUGGAAGGAUGGCAAAGGCCUUAUCAUCUAUGGUGCAGGAAACACCUUUUGCUCAGGGUCUGAUUUGAAUGCUGUUAAAGCAAUGUCCAACUCCCAGGAUGGGAUGAAUAUGUGCAUGUUUAUGCAGAACACCUUAACCAGGCUUAUGAGAUUGCCUUUGAUCAGUGUUGCGCUAGUCCAAGGAAAAGCGAUUGGAGGAGGAGCAGAACUUACCACAGCAUGUGAUUUCAGGUUGAUGGCGCCCGGGAGUGAAAUUCGGUUUGUCCACAAGCACAUGGGUCUGGUGCCGGGCUGGGGAGGAGCUGCCCGGCUGGUGCGCAUGGUCGGCAGCAGGGCCGCCCUCCAGCUGCUGAGCGGGGCUGCCAGGGUGGAUCCCCAAAGAGCUUUGUGCCUUGGGCUCUCAGAGGAGACCUUGUCCUCUUCAGAUGGAACCAAAGCGUUGGAAGAAGCCCAAGUUUGGCUGAGUCAGUACACAGAGGGUCCAGCCAGCGUGAUUCAGGCUGUGAAAAAGGUGGUGACAGUGGGAAGAGAGCUCCCACUGGAAGAUGCCCUAAGGACAGAGAAGGACAUUUUCGGAACUGUAUGGGGUGGGCCUGCCAAUUUGCAGGCAUUGGUUAGAAGGCCAAAACAUAACUGACAGUCAAUGCAUAAGAAAUGUUCUUUACCUUUUUGCAAACAAAGCUUUCACUAAAGCAGGCAUUAAACUGAAACAUUUAAGGACUUGUUCAUUUAAACUGGCAUUAACAUUCCUGUCAUUCACAUUUGGUGUGUAACCACAGAGAAAUCCCCAGAAGAUUCUUUACUGUCCUAAUCACCCACUGAAUGGAGAUUAGUGAAAUUAGUAUGUAAAGGUAAAUACUGUGCUGAGAAUAGAACUAUAAUUCUUUUGGAAUGAGGUUGAAGAUUAUUUUCUUUGGAGUUAAUUUUGUUUUUCUAACUGGUAUGAAAAUGAAUUGCUUGAAAUAUGAGUUUUAUUUAUUUGCAGAACAGGUGCAUCUAAAGCUGCAAAAUAUGAGUUCCCCAACAGGAGACUGGUGUCUUUAAGCAGCUUUGAAGGGAUGAUAACUGGUGAGAUGACAUUUUUUAUUUUUUCAUCUCCAGUCAGUUCUUUGUAUAACUGUUGAGAAAGUAUCCAAGGAUACUUCAGUUUUAAUGAUGUUUUUUUACAGGAGAAGCUCUAACUCUCUGAGGAGCCUAUUUAUAGCCCUCGUUCACUGACACUAAUUCAGGUCUUUAAGUGCAUUUAGGUGUCUUCUGACUGCUUGAGGAACCAACUACCUACAUAUGCAUUUGUACAUUCCCAUAGCCUGAACCUGUGCUGCUGAGCAUGUGCAGAGCUGCUGAUCUGAUUCUUUACAUAGAAUCUAGUUGAAAUCUUGGAAGGCCAUGAUGCAUCGUGUCUGCAGAUGGGAUGUUCGUGACUGACUGGGUGGUCUGAGUACUUCAGCAUUCCAGGAAGACUUGUGUGUGGAUCUGUCUACGUCUUCUUCUGAGGAUUUUUACUGGUAGGGCAUAUUUGGGCUGACCAGAAUCAUACAAUAGUUUGAGUUGGAAGGGACCUUCAAAGAUCAUCAAGUUCAACUCCUAACUGGAAGAUUUGGAACUCUGUCUCCCCUUUAUACCAGUGACUGUGCAAGUAGUUAGGCAAGUGAGUGGAGAGGGUCUUCCCUUUAGAAAUUAUAAACUGACACUGAGUCCCUUCUUUGGCAGAUGAUUCUUAAAAUGAAACAUCUGUGAGAGCAAAACCAAGCAUGUGUCUCCAUCACUGAUAGUUUCCUGUAUUGUUGGUUAGGAUGCACUUGUCUCUAAGUCUAGCAGGGAGUGUGAUCUGAGCCCAGGACCCAAGUACUCCAGGGGAGGAUGUUAAGGAGGAAACUUUGGGCUAUGUGCCACUGACAUCCAUUCUCACUCUGAGCAGGCAUAACUAACUCUAGAUACAUGAAACAAGCUCUCUUACAAGGAAAUUCCUUGGAUGGAAAUCCAUGUUCUGAUUUCUACAGUAUGGCAAGAUUCCCGAGUUUCAGACAGUGAGGUAACUGUACAUAUGUUUGGGGAUCUUGGGACAGAUCAAUGACAGGAUUUAGACCUGUAUUGGCUGUCAAGAUUCUGCAGCUUCCAAGCAGAUGCUCCACUCUGCUGGAGAAGUUUUACUAUCUGGCUUUCACAAUGGGGAGUGUGUACAGCUUGAAGCAACCAAAAGAAAUGCUGAAGAAAGGGAUGUGUUUUGAGCUGGCACCUCAGAGGGGCCUUGGCCCUGUUGAUCCUGCCUGUUUGCCUUCACACCUGAAGCUGCUGCUGGAGGAAGAUUUCAAAUCUCUUUUUUCCCAAAAUAAAGUUCAAUUUUUACUUCCAGGUUAGAGAAGAGACAGGAAUAGGAACAUGGAGAGUGAGCAGUGUUUUGGUUUGUGCCGCUUUCUCCUCUUUGCCCCUUAUUAUCUGAUAGCUCAGUUGUUAGUCCCUGGUGCAGCUGGAUUCUUUCCCCUGCUCUAAAGGACUUCAAACCCAGGGCUCCUGAAGUGUGGAUGUUGUAAUACAGUCAGGCGAUACUUGACUGUUUAGUCAUGAAGAUGUUCUGCUUUUCAUGAAGUUCCUCAAGACUUAGGAGACAUUCCAGACUGCCAACAUCACUGAACCCUCAGAGUUCAUACUUACUCCUGUCCAUACUUACUCAACAUUUUGAAGAAAAACAUGUUGUCGUGAGUCAGAAAAACUGUGGUGAGGGCAACUGAUUAUGUCUUUGCUAGUAACAAGAAUAAAUUUGCCCUUACUAAUACUGUCAUUAUGUUUUAAAAAUGGAUGUGAAAAUUGCUUGGAACCCAAGCAAGACCCUUAAAUCAUGGUGGGUUUGGUUUUUUUUUGUUUACAAGUGCCAAGCUGUAAGGCUUAUUAGUGUAUUCUGUACACCCGGUGAUACAAAUUUUAAAGAGAGGAAGUUGUAGCAGAAAAGCAGAAUCUGUUUUACUUGCAUGUUUUGAACUAGACCCGUGCUGCCAGCAAGUGAAGCUCGGUACGUACACCUCUUGGGGACGUCUUUCCAUUUUGAUCUGUAGACAAUGAGCUUGCUUCUCAUUCCAGCAAAUGCAUUUUCCCAGCCAUCCUCUCCAGUUUGUCUCAAAGGCCAAAGUUUGCUUCUAAGAACAGGACAAAUAAUUAACUAGUACUGAGUAAGACACUUUCAGAAAAGGUUACACAAACUCACUUUGUCCUCUGGUCUGUUGGAAUUACAAACAUACCAAUCAUGGCUACAGGAGAUUCUGAAGAUAAUUGUAGGUGUUUGUUUUGAUUAAGGAUUUUGUGAGCAGCCUAAUACCAUAUUCUCUGGAUUCUUUUCUGUUUUAAAGGCAAGUACAGCCCUUCACAUGAAAAGCAGCCUAACUAAAUUACCAUGAGUGCCUGCAUGAGAGCCCCAGACUGAGAUGAAAUGGAAUCCCAUUCUACCAAUUUCAAACUUUUAUGCUUUAUUUCAUAGAAUACUUAUCAUCUUAAAGCAACAACCAGCAGCUGAUAAGCACUUAUAUUUUCUUUACAGUUAUUAAGGACUACAUGCUUCAUCUGUUUUUGUUCCCCUUCAGAAAUGGCCUAAAAACAAACAAGCACUAAAUGCACAGAAUAAAUUAGAAACCUCAAAAUUGAUACUCCCGGUCUCCAAAUUAAAUGGAGCGCUAAUUUUUUUAUUUCCUGGGGGCUAGUUUGCCAACUCCCUCCUCAGCAAACUAGGUUUCCUAUUAAGUUGUGAAAUGCUUGUCUUGUUCCCUUGCUUCUGUGUACUGGGACAGUCCAAGUGCUUAAUGGGGGUGUGGAUUCUGCACCAAGUGUUUAAAGGUUGGAUAGGGGAGACCACUUCUAGCAAUACAGAUAAUUUAUCAUCUUUGCUGCUGAUGCAGAUUUACUUACCAAAUGGGUAACCUAGGUAAGCAAGGUGUUCUUGCUGAAUGCUUGGUUCACUAUGUGAUUUAUUUUUUUUUUACCAUAGCAUAGGAUUUCUGUAUCUGUGGUUAUCUGUUCUCCUGGAAUUGAAGAGAUGCAGUACAUUUUAUAGUAUUUUAAUUUCCUUUUUCCUUUCCAUUCUGCUCCACUGUGCAUUUCUGUAGCUAUGCUGUACAAGUUGAAAAUCACUUAAUGUAUGGAGUUACAGAAACCCACAUAAUGCAGUGUGGCUGUGGCUUAGCUAAAAUUGACAGAGAAUACAUCGCCUACUGAAGGUAAUGGUUUAAAUGCAAGCUGGGAAGUGCCUGUUACUCUUUCCUAGCUUGAUCUGGGGAGUGCAUUUGCCACUCUGAUGAUUGGCAAUUAAGCUUUCACCAGCCUUACUUUAAUUAAUUUCAGUACUUCAGAGCUGCAGUCAGCCAGCAGGAGACAAAAGCAGCAUCACCGGUGUUUGGCUGAACAGAGGUCUGCCUCUCUGCUUCGGUCACAAGCCCCCAGAAUAAUCACUGAUAAAAUUAUUUGUAGACUGCUUGGGCUGAAGACCCUGAAAUUAAGUAUACAGGGUGUCAAGUUCUUGCAUUUUGCUUCUUGCUUUCUUCAACAGUAUGUAGUAAAAUGUGUGCACAUAGCAGAAGUGUACUUACUUAAGGUUUUUGAGGCACAAAGUCAGACUUUUAUUAGAGCCACUGUGUGCUAAUGCAAAACAGAGAAAUAAGACAGCUGGCAGCUAUCAGAUAGAAGAAACAUUCCGUCCUCUUUCCUUCUGAAGUCCAUGUUACUGGCUUUUUUCCUGACAGAACUGGAAGGGAAGCUGCUGGAGAGGUUCUGUCAUCCAUUCCUAGAUGAGAAAGGAAAUCUUUCUUAUUCCAUCUGAGUCUCCUUUCCAUUUUCCUCACCUGUGGGCAGAGGAAACAAACUGGAGGCUGGCACAGCUUUGCCCAAGAUUAGACACAUCAGCCAUCAUUACAGGCUGGAGAAGAUCUUAGAAGUCUAAACCUACCAUUUUCAAAAAUCAGCCCUUUUAAUUCCCUUCAAAUGAUUGUUUGCCUACAGCAACUUCUGUCUGAAGAUGUAUAGUACCUGGGUAUCAGCUACUGUCUCUAUUCAGAGAUAGAUGUACUAAGAAUUGGAGUUCAAUUAGCUUUAGUUUAAAGACUGAGUCCAGAAUCAACUCAGUUUGAAAAAAUGUAAAAUAACUGCCACAGACAGAAAAAACGUGUGCUUUUCAGGAUCUGGCUUCUAACAUUCUCUAAUACACAGAAAUCAGUUUGUAGCAAUCUAGGAGAUGCAUUUCUAAUUCAAGCACAAAACUGCCUUCUCUGUGCUGCCACUGUUUUUGCUAUGAUGAACAGAUAAACAGCAAUACAGUCCUUAAUGCCCUUGUUCUUUGUUAUAUGGUCAAGUUUGAUAACUUACGCACUUUAAUUUCAUCAUUUCUGCUGUUAAAAUAAAGCUGUGUGAUACUUUUAGCUAUCAA